GGGGGGGAGGAGGGGAGGGGUUUGGAGCGUCGCCGUCCGUCCUUCCUUCCUCCCCUUCAGCAACCAGCGCUUGAGGCGGUUGGGUAGCUGUCGACCCCGGCGCUCCGUCCGUCGGUCCUAGGAUUCCCGCUGUUCGGUGGAGACCUCCGUGGCCAACUGUACGUGAGAAGCCGUGGCCAGGAUUAUUUCAGAAAUGCCAAGGAGAAAAUUUGCGGAUGAAGAAGUAGUAAUGGGCCGGUGGCCUGGAAGUGUACUAUACUAUGAAGUACAAGUAACUGGCUAUGAUGACCGCACUCAUCUGUAUACUGUGAAAUACAAAGAUGGAACUGAACUUCAACUGAAAGAAAGUGAUAUGAGGUCUGUCUCAUCUUUUCGAUUCAGAAAAAGCAGCUCUUCCUCGGGUUCUCCGUCGAGACGCAGUGGUAGCAGAUCUAGAUCAGGCUCUAGAUCUCGUUCACCUGGUCGGCCAGCAAAACAUAAACGUCGUUCUUCUUCCCAAAGUAGAGAGUUGAAAAAUGAAAGAAAUAUGAUUGAGGAACCGAACUUGACUCCUUUGAAACUUCAGGAAAACAAUACCAGCCAGUAUAACGGGGAUCCAGACAUAACAGAAGUGGAUUACUUGACUCACAGCAUCUUAGAGCGCCAAAGAAUUGAAUCUGAGCAAGCAAGAGAGCGCAUUCUGGAACGAUACAGGUUGCAUCCAAGAAAAGAGGAGAAAAGAACAGAGGAAAUAGAUUCAGAAGAGAAAAUUUUUGAGACACCAAAAAGUGUUGGAAAAUCAUGCCAGAAGACAAAAGAACUAGAAUUUGGAGGAAAUAUUGGUGCCUUUUUCAUGGUCUUUCUCAUGCCUGGAACUGUGUGUUACUUGUUGUUAAUGUGCUCACAGGAAGAUCCGAGUAUUCUGAAUUUUCCUUCUUCCCUGCCAGCUUUUGAACAUUUAUGGGAGACAAGAGUAUUUGGUGUAUUUCUUCUUUGGUUCUUUCUUCAGGCCCUGUUUUACUUAUUGCCUCUAGGAAAGGUAGUGGAAGGGACACCCCUUUUGGAUGGAUCAAGAUUGGAAUACAGGAUAAAUGGGUUCUACGCUUUUAUCCUCACAGCUGCUGCUGUAGGAAUCUGUCUCUAUUUUGAAAUGGAACUUCAAUAUAUAUAUGAUCAUUUUCAGCAGUUUGCUGUCUGUGCUACUGUUUUUUCUUUGCUGCUAAGCAUUUAUCUCUAUGUCCGUUCCUUGAAUGCUUCUGAGAAGGAAUUAUCAACUGGAGGAAAUUCUGGGAAUAUCAUUUAUGAUUUCUUUAUGGGACGUGAAUUAAAUCCUCGCAUUGGAAAUUUUGAUCUAAAAUAUUUCUGUGAAUUACGGCCCGGACUAAUUGGCUGGGCUGUUAUCAACCUGGCAAUGCUUUUGACUGAGAUGAAAGUACAACAUCUGAACAUGCCAUCUUUGUCAAUGAUCCUGGUUAACAGUUUUCAGCUCCUUUAUGUAGUUGAUGCUCUGUGGAAUGAGGAAGCUAUUUUGACAUCUAUGGACAUCACUCAUGAUGGGUUUGGAUUUAUGUUAGCAUUUGGAGAUUUGGUGUGGGUUCCGUUUCUUUACAGUCUACAAGCUUUCUAUUUAGUGAAUCAUCCAAAUGAAAUUUCAUGGCUUACAGCUUCUGGAAUUGUGGCUCUGAAUCUUCUUGGUUAUUACAUUUUCCGUGGUGCAAAUUCACAGAAAAACUCAUUCCGGAGAAAUCCAAAUGAUCCCAAAUUUGCUUAUUUGAAAGUUAUUCCUACGGCAACAGGAAAAAAUCUCUUGGCCUCUGGCUGGUGGGGCCUAGUGCGACAUCCCAACUAUUUAGGUGAUAUUAUCAUGGCCCUGGCUUGGUCCCUACCUUGUGGGGUGAAUCAUAUUUUACCUUACUUCUACGUCAUAUAUUUUACUGGUCUGCUUAUUCACCGAGAAGCCCGUGAUGAACGUCAGUGUAAGAAAAAAUAUGGCUUAGCAUGGGAAAAAUACUGUAAUCGUGUACCAUAUCGCAUAUUCCCAUACAUCUACUGAACCUUUUCAAACUGGUGGAUAAUGCAGCUUCUGCAGCUAAAUCAUUGUUUUGUAAACAACAUACCUCAUACCAUUGCACUUGGUAUAUUAUG